AUAGCACACGUCAUAAAUACAACAAUAUAAAAAAUCGGCAUAAUCAGAUCUGCGAUCGGUAGCUUUUCCUUUGUAUUAAAUCGAAUUCUAGCCUUCUUACUAGCGUUUGCUAUCCACCAUGAAAAACCUUACGGAAGUGUUGCAUAAGUUCUACGAUGAGUACACGCACAAAACGCCCAAGAAGCUGAAAAUCGUUGACGCAUACUUGCUGUACAUUCUGCUGACCGGCAUCACGCAGUUUGUUUACUGCUGCCUCGUUGGAACAUUCCCGUUCAACUCAUUCCUGGCUGGUUUUAUCAGCACGGUGAGCUGUUUCGUGCUGGGUGUGUGCCUCCGCCUGCAGUCAAACCCCCAGAACAAGGAACAAUUUUUGGGAAUCUCGCCAGAACGUGGUUUCGCUGAUUUCGUGUUUGCUCACAUAAUUCUUCACUUGGUUGUGGUCAAUUUCAUCGGCUAAAAAGCAUUCGCUGCAGGGGCUGUAUUGCAGCUGCAAUUAGGUGUUGUAAGUUGAUAAAAUUACACGAGUAAGAAUUGAUAAAUACAAAUGAAGCUUGACCGAGCGUGAGUGAAC